AUGAAAAUAGGGAAGAUUAUAUCCUUUCCCAUAUACAUAUUGUUGAUAUAUGUAUGUUUAUGUAAAUGUAAAAAAGUAAAAAAAAAUAAAAGAUUAGGAAACUUGAUAAAAUCGAUAACAGAAAGAGUUGAAUCAAAUGAAGGAGAAAAUGAAUAUGCACGUUUAACUCAAGCUCCUACAAUUAAUAUGAAAUUGUCAAAAGUAAAUUUUAAGACAUCAUUACAAAAUAUUCUUGUUGAAUCUUAUUCAGAAAAAGUUAAAGAAGUAAUAUCAAAACUUAAUUAUGAAAUAAGUAAAGAAAAGUCUAUAUUAGAUGAUAUAAAAAGUUCGAACUAUAAUUUAAAUAAAUUAAAUAAUUUAAUUUCAGUAAAAGCUAAAAAAAAUAAUAAAGUUCAUGAUGAGAAAAUAAAAAACAUAUAUCAUAAUUAUUUAAAUGAUAAUAAUGAAAGUUUUGGAUUUAGUUUAUUUCCUGUAUAUAAAACAUUUAAAUCUAAUCCUUUUCAUUUUAAUAACACAUUGAGAAAUUCAUUAUUACCUGAUGAAUUAAUAAAAGACGGUUUUUUGUCAAAUCAAAAUUUUUUAAAAAAUUCCUCAGAAAAUGUUUUAUUCCCAGAAAGGGGUGAUUAUGAAUUGGAAGUAUAA